AUGCCUUAUAAGCGGAACAAACAGCAUCGCAAACCUGAAGAGGGCUCUCCCACCCAAGAAGAGGCACUAGGUUCACAGCCUGGGCUGAUCCCCAGGGCUGAGGAAGCCACUACCUCAGCCUCCUCUUCUGCCACCACCUCUACUGCUCUGAUCCAUACCACCUCAAGGGAAGAACCAGCUUCAGUGGAGGAAAAUGUCCCUGUUGAUCCUCAGGGAGCAUCUGCUCCUCCUGUGGCCUUGGUUCCCACUUCUCUGAGUCAGAUAGAUCAGGGCUCCAGCCAAGGGCAGCAAGAUCAGGGUUCCUUUCAAGGAGAGGAAGAUCCGGGUUCUGGCCAAGGGCAGCAAGAUCAGGGCUCUAGUCAAGUUGAGCAAGAUCACAGCUCCGGCCAAGCUGAGCAAAAUCCAGUCUCUUGCCACAGGGAGCAAGAUCAGGGUUCCUGCCCACAGGAGCAAGAUCAGGGUUCCGGCCAAGUUGAGCAAAGUCCAGUCUCUUGCCAAAGGGAGCAAGAUCAGGGUUCCCGCCCAAGGGAGCAAGAUCAGGGUUCCCGCCCACGGGAGCAAGAUCAGGGUUCCCGCCCACAGGAGCAAGAUCAGGGUUCCCGCCCACGGGAGCAAGAUCAGGGUUCCCGCCCACGGGAGCAAGAUCAGGAUCAGGGUUCCCGCCCACGGGAGCAAGAUCAGGGUUCCCGCCCACGGGAGCAAGAUCAGGGUUCCCGCCCACAGGAGCAAGAACAGGGCCCCCGCCAAGAGGAGCCAGAUCGAGUUCCCCCUCUCAGUCCAAUUGAUUAUGUGUCCAUAUUGCGGAAUGCACAAUCCCUGGUGCCCUUCUUGGUCCUUAAGUAUAGAUUGAGAGAGUCAACAACCAAGGCAGAAAUGUUAAAUAUGAUCGUAAGUCACAGGGAGCACUUUUUUGAAAUCUUUUCUAGGGCAUCUGAGUAUAUGCAGCUGGUCUUUGGUAUUGAGGUGGUUGAAAUUGACCCCUCUGACCACUGCUAUUUCCUUACUCCUGCAGCAGGGCUAACUUACGAUGGGAUGUUGCAUGAUGUUGUAGGCAUGCCCAAGACAGGCCUCCUGUUAAUCAUUCUGGGUAUAAUUUUCAUGGAAAACAACUGUGCCACUGAACGGGCAGUCUGGGAUACGCUGAGUGUAAUGGGGGUAUAUCCUGAGAUAGAGCAUUAUAUCUAUGGACAACCUAGGAAGCUGGUCAUUGAAAAUUUUGUGCAGGAGCAAUACCUGGAGUACCAGAGGGUACCCAACACUGAUCCUGUCUGCUAUCAGUUUGUAUGGGGCCCAAGAGCCCAUGCUGAAACCACUAAGAUGAGAGUCCUGAAACACUGGGUGAAGUUUAGUGGGAAUGAUCUCACUGCCUAUCCAAACCUCUGUGAGCAGGCUAUGGGAGACGAACGAAAUGCCCGAGCAUGA